GUCAAAAAAUUUAACACACCAGCAGUGUGAAGAGACCUGAAAGUGGCACAUGGCAGCAGAGUGUGGCGAUGGAGACAGCAGCAAUGGGAGGCCGUACAGGGACCCAUGACAGACUCUGGACUUGGCAGCAGCAUGAGGAGGCGGUAUAUAGGGGCCCAUGGCAGAUUAGGGGCCUGGCAGCAGCUAUGUGAGGCCCGUAAUCUGCCUGCACCCUAUGUCAAAAAAUUUAACACACCAGCAGUGUGAAGAGACCUGAAAGUGGCACAUGGCAGCAGAGUGUGGCGAUGGAGACAGCAGCAAUGGGAGGCCGUACAGGGACCAUGACAGACUCUGGACUUGGCAGCAGCAUGA